ACCGACAGCCGCAGGAACGUCGAGUGCACGAGGAUAGGUUUACGAUUUUUUUGUUCUUUCGUUGUUUUUAUUUUAGUCAAGUCCUAAAAAAAAUACACACGUACUUGUCAACAUUUCGUAUGGCCCUGGGGCUCUGUUGCACUCCCAAAUUGUCGACUAAAUCCCUCACCCCCGCCCCCAAUAUCGAUACAUACCGGCAACUAAUGACUGAAUUCGACGCUUUUUACACCGUCAAAACUACACUUAUUGCCAGAUAUUUAACUGACUUAACGUCGAUCAUAAGCACUUGCAGCAACAAAGAUUUUUUACUUAUCCGGCAAAAUUUCUCCCAUUAGUCGCUAAUCUCUUCCCGUAUACUUCACACGUGUUACGUAAGCCUUUCCAGAGUUCACCCUAACCUAUGAUUUCUCAGUGUACACAAAAGCAAUGAGUUAAAAAUCUAGGUAAUAUACAAUCCGCAGGAUAUGAAUACCGAUAGUAAGUCCGUAGCAAUUAAUUUGGCGGAAUAUCCGGCGUACGGAUCCCACCUGGAGUGCAUGACGAGGGCUUUUUUUGCUGGUUUGUCGACAUUCACUAUAGUAUUUUCCGGAACUUUUUUCGGACAGCGUCUUUUGAAGAGGAACGCCGUGCUCUCUUCCAAACAAAAAACGAUCCUUGCUUCUACUUUGGUCGCAUCUGUAGCCUCCUACUUCGUUGCCUCAGAGCGUGUAACUCUUUGCAGAAAAUCUUGGACUAAAAAUGGCAAAGAUUAAUUUGUUCCUCGAAACAAAGUUGUGAGCAGAUAUGUUUAGCCUCAGAAAUUUGACACGACGAGCGUCGGGUAUGGUAAAGCGCUCUCUACCCAUUAGGAGAAAGACUUGUGCUGCAACAUUCAUGGUGAUCAAUCGUCGUGCUCAUGAGACAACAGAAAAAGAAAAAGAUGAAUUGGAAGAUGAGGAAUACGAUGAGCUGUCCUCACGAUUUCUGGGAAUAGCUCCCGGUGGACAUGGAGCACUCGUUUUGCAGCCAUACAUAAAAUGGGGAGCAAACAAAAAGAGAAACACAACCCCAGAGUUGCAGCUUGAAGAGGCCGUUACACUUCUUAAAACACUGCAAAACUGGAGAGUGGUUGAUAAAAUGUGUGUUUCGCUGAUGAACUUGAAGAAAAAAGAACUACUUGGGAAAGGAAAUCUGGAGAGUUUGAAGAUUAAAGUGAGAAGUAACCCAGAAAUUACCGCAGUAUUCAUCAGUACAAAUUUGCUCCAGCAAGUGCAAAUACAAGAGCUGCGACAUAUCCUUGGCGUUCCAGUUUACGAUCGAUAUUCAAUCGUCGUACAGAUAUUUAGGGCUCACGCCAAAAGUCAAGAGGCAAAAUUGCAGGUUGCAAUAGCAGAGAUUCCCUACAUGUGGAUGAAGUUGAACGUCGUUAAAGAGACCCGAGAAGAACACGUGGGUACGUUUGAAUCACAUCGAAAGCUUCUUCAGGUCCGCGAAACCAAGCUUAAAAAUGCCCUCCUUAAACUUAAGGCACAGAGACAUUUGCUGAGGAGUAAACGAUUACAAAAUAAGAUUCCCACUAUCGCUGUUGUCGGCUACACAAACGCUGGGAAAACUUCCUUGAUCAAAGCUCUCACUGGAGACUCAAGUCUGCACCCUAGGAAUUACCUUUUUGCAACUCUCGAUGUCACCAUCCAUCAAGGCAUUCUACCCUCAAGACUGAAAGUAUUGUUCGUUGAUACUAUUGGCUUCAUUCAAGAUGUGCCUGCCACUCUUAUUGAGCCGUUUGUAGCAACUUUAGAAGACGCCAUGAAUGCUGACAUUAUCUUGAAUGUGCAUGAUGCAAGUCAUCCGGACAGGCAGGCCCAGAUGGACCACAUGCAAGCAACAUUAAAAGGCUUGAUCAAAGACCAGGUGGUGAUAAAUGUUGCAAAUAAAAUUGACCGAAUAUCAGAAGACAUACCUCGACUGAAUAUGCUUGGUGUGUCAGCCACUAAGCUAAUAGGUAUAGACGGUUUACGGGAUGAACUCGAUAAGUCGAUACUAGGGGCAACAGGACGUACCAUAGUCCGUAUUAGAGUGCAAUCUGGAAGUAGAGCAUCAGCUUGGCUCUACAAAGAAACCACAGUGACCAACGUAGAAGCUGAUCCGGAAAACGCCCAAUACUUGUUUAUGGAUGUGAUUACUACUGAGUUACAGCUUAAAAUGUUUCGAGUAUUUCUAAAAAAAUAUGAAUAAAGAAGAGACCGCGGCUAAAUUUCUAUAACUGGAAUCAGAAUAGGUUCUGUCAUAGGUUUAAUAAAUAUGGAUUCUCAACGAAA